AACUUUCGCACUAAUACCAGGCGGAAGUUCAUCGCUCAUCAGACAAUUUCAAAGAUGGCUCUUGCUAGUGUGUUGAACAGUGAUUGUGCGAAUUUUUCAUUUGAAAAUAGUCAACCUUUUGGUUUUGGUUGUGGGCCUGGACAGAGCGGUCUGGGGUUUGAUGCCACGCCGGGAGACGGUCUCAGUUUUUCCGUUAAAAACCCGCUGUGUGCCGGAGACGAGGAUGGCGUCGAAAGAAAAAUUGAGUUCCUGCAUGGAACCACAACCUUAGCAUUUAAAUUCCAGCAUGGCGUUAUUGUAGCGGUUGACUCUCGGGCCACAGCAGGCGCCUACAUUGCCUCGCAGACAGUGAAGAAGGUGAUAGAGAUCAACCCCUACCUGCUGGGUACCAUGGCUGGAGGAGCUGCAGACUGCAGCUUUUGGGAGCGCCUGCUGGCCCGCCAGUGCCGCAUCUACGAGCUACGCAACAAGGAGCGCAUCUCUGUGGCGGCAGCCUCCAAGCUGCUUGCUAACAUGGUGUACCAGUACAAGGGCAUGGGACUCAGCAUGGGAACCAUGGUGUGUGGCUGGGACAAGAGAGGCCCAGGGCUGUACUAUGUUGACUCCGAGGGGAACCGGGUGUGUGGCGACCUGUUUGCCGUGGGCUCAGGCUCCAUGUACGCCUACGGUGUGAUGGACAGUGGCCUGCGGCAGGACCUAACUGUGGAGGAGGCCUGCGAGCUGGGCCGCCGCGCCAUCUACCAGGCCACAUACCGUGACGCCUACAGCGGAGGGCAAGUCAACCUGUACCACGUCCACAGCGAGGGCUGGACCAGGGUCUCCCAAGAGGAUGUGCUCAUGCUGCACCAGCAGUACAAGGAUCAGGCAUAGUCAUGAAAGUCAAGAGCACAAAGGGGCCACGAAGUGGGGGAGAAUACGUCUGUUUAGAAGUUUAUUCUGCUAUCUAAUGUUAAAGAUGUUCUAAAAUGUCGGUAGGGUUGACACAUAAAUAAAAAGGACUGAUGUGCCGAUUGAUUUUCACUCACAUUACUUUGAAAAUUACAUUUUAACAAUGUCAGUGAGCUUCACUUACCCUGCGCAGAGUAUGUUUUGAGGGGCUGCAGAGAAGGGGCCGAUGACUCAAACAUGCUUUAAUUCAGUGUGGGAGUAGUGUGGUGCUUGCCCUACAUGCAUUUAAUUUGGAUCCUACCCUGGAAAACUACAUAUUUCUCAAUAAAACCUGUGAUGUUCUUUUUUUCAAGA